GAUACAACCAUGAUCCUGACGGGUCGCAGUCUGUGUCUUCCUUCUCCAGCCACCGUCCAGGAGCUCUUCUUCGUGGCUCGAGAUGCCGGCAUCAUCCCGGAUAUCUCCCUGGACCCCGUCCUCACCACCUUCCUGUCUCUGGACUCCUCGGCAGCCCUGCAGCACCAGUACGCCUUCUUACAGCGGAGCAUGAGCGGGGAGCAGCAGUCGGCGUUCAGCCUCAACCUGACGGCAGAGCUGGGAGGCCGCAGGGUCACGUACGGGGGAGUCGGGGUUGUCGCUCUGGCUCUGUCCGUGCUUUUUGACCAGGUCGCCCAACAAGUUCGAGGUCAAGGAUCAACAGAAGGGGGACCAACAACUCAGGGGUCCCAGAGGAUUUUUGGCAUCAGCAGUUCCUCCAGAAUUGGCUGGAUUAUCUACAACUACCUGUGCCGGAUCCCCGCCAUCGCCAACAACCAGGAGAAGAUGGCGGAGACCACGGAGCUGUACGACAACUGGCUGAAACUGGAGCUGCUCGACCACUACGAGAGGAUGACCACUAAGAAGAGGAUGAGCUCGGUGUCCAUGCAGCAGUGGUUGGCAGGAGCUGCCGUUCAUCUGCACAUGAGAAUUCACCAGGUUCGUCUGAACUCUGUGCCAACAGGAUCAGCUGAGUCACUGCGUCUGUCCUAUAAGUCGGGGUUAUGUCGCCUGAUUCAGGACUACGCAACCUAUCUGCGCCGAAACAUUCAGGAAACUGGAGCUCCAAGACCCCGAAAACCCAGAACCAGGACAGCCACUGGACCAAGACUAACUGACACCUUUAGCAUUACGAGCUGCUCAGGUAAUCCCCUUUUUAAUGAGAGCGUCUCAACUGAUACAUUUAAUGAGACUAUCAAACCCAAUUCAACGGCAGACAUUAGCAGAAGCUGUAAAACCAACGGAUCCAGUGAAGACUUUGGACGUGAUGAGACGAAAGGUACAGUAGGAACAGAAACCAGGAAGACACUCAACAGUUCCACUGGACGUAUCGCGGAGGAGGAAGUCGACACUCUGGGUCUGUUAGUCAUCGAGCCGUGGAGGAACGUGAGCCACAGCGUGCGGCAUCACCCCUGUGAGUCUCCGGCCAUUCAACAAGCUUUAGCGACUCGUAUCUUCAACGCUCAGGACCUCGAGAGAAACAGAAACUUCUUUCGGUUCCCUGAAAGAUCUUUCCACGGCCUCCUCAGGCAGAGGAACGACUUUGAGCUGAAGACCAAUUAGACAGACGUAGAAAGCUGUGAGAUUGAUCUCAUGAGGACAUUAACAGUUGAGCAAACCUCGGCCAACUUUAUUCUUUUCUGUGCAGCAAUUUUUCCCCCCGAGGAUGGCGAAGAUACGAUGCCCCCGACUCUGCCUCUGAUUGGUUCACCCAGACAUUUUUACCCUAAACCGAACCAAUCCAAUCAAAGAAGGCAACAAGUAUUAGUCAGAGUCAGAGUCAUGUAAUGUCUUCACCAUCCUGGGAAAAGAAAAUGUGGCUUCCUCUACUUAUGCUUGGCUCAUCUAUGUUACAUUUCUGACAAUUAUACAAUAAUUGUGGGAUAAAGUGAAAAUUGCAUAUAGUUUUGUAUAAUUAAUUUAAAAUGAAAGGUGACUCGUUCCAGUUUGGUGACGUGUGGGAAGCUACACUGAUUUGCGUUAAUUAGCUAGUUAAAAGUUGAUUAUCUAGUUAAAAGUUAAUUAACUAGUUAAAA